CCAUGAAAACAGAAGAUGUCAGCAGCAUCUAGAGCUCGCAGAAACAACAACCUGUCAGCAGCCAAGCCAUCGUCCUUCUAUCCAUCCGUUUCUCUUCCACCUCUCCCUCAGCAGCAGCGGAUGAUGAGACCUCCUCCCUCGCCGCUCCAGCGCUGCUGCUCGCCUCCUUCCGGCACGGCUCCCCACCUCCUCCUCUACUCCUCGCCGGCUCCUCCCGCCGCCGCGUGCCGCCUCCCUCCCUCCGCGGCCGCCGUCGCGCGCUCUGUCUCGGUGUCCACCACCGUCGUCGAGGCCGCCGCCGACUCGGGCUCCGCGAUUCCUCGUCGCCGCCUCGUCCUCCUCCGGCACGGGGACAGCGCGGUUGGUGAACGCUUCACAAAAGAUCAUGACAGACCACUAAGCAAAGCUGGGAGAGCUGAUGCAAUAAGUGUUUCUGAUAAAUUUCGUCAAAUGGGAUGGAUACCCGAGCUUAUCCUAUGCAGUGAUGCAACUCGAACAAAGGAAACUCUUCAGAUCAUGCAAGAGCAUGUUGAAGGAUUGUCUCAAGCACUAGUGCAUUUUAUCCCAAGUUUCUAUUCCAUUGCUGCAAUGGAUGGUCAAACUGCCGAGCAUUUGCAAAAGGCAAUUUGUGAAUAUUCAACUGAUGAGAUACUAACAGUAAUGUGUAUGGGUCAUAAUAAAGGAUGGGAAGAAGCAGCCUCUAUGUUUUCUGGCGAUUCAGUUGUCCUCAAGACAUGCAAUGCUGCAUUGCUAGAAGCUGCUGGGAAAUCAUGGGUUGAGGCUUUUUCGCAGGCUGGCCUUGGGGGGUGGAAGCUUCAUGGCAUUGUAAAGCCAUAAGCCAUAAUAAAUUGUAGCUAGAGCUUGAUGCAAUUUUUGUAGCAUUUUUGUUCUUUUUUUUUGCCUCACUUAGCUACGAUUAAAUGUUACUGAGAAUAUUGACGUGGAUAGAUAGACGAGAUCAAUGCACUUCCCUACACAAAUAAGGCUCGUAAAAUAUAGGCCAAAACAUGAUCAUGAUGGAUGUCAAUUAUCUAGAAACUAAGUUUGUGCAGCUGUUAGAUUUA